AUGGCCACCAUCUCUACACACCUUAGAAAUUUCAAAGAACCGACCAAGGAGCAAGCUCAGCGACUCUUCUUCUCGCUGCCACCAAACCCGCCGCCGGAAGAUGUUGGCCCAACGGAUUAUCGGUUCGAGAUUAACGCUGUACUGAUGCUCAACGAGGGUCAGGAGGACAGUUAUGCCGGCAAGCUGUAUCUACUGCCGCCGUAUCUCUGCUUCGUCUCGCUGGAUAGACGGUCUGUCAAGAUGACAAUGCCACUCUCUGCAAUUCGACGCGUCGAAAGAGUAAACCAUGGUCGCGCCGGCGUCUUUGAACUCGGUCUCAUGCUGUGGCAUGGGAUGCGUCUAAAUAUUCAGCUAACCGCGCUUCGAUCGACCGCAGACGCAUUCUGUGCAAACCUUCGAGAUGCGCUCAAGAUACAGCUCGAUCUCGGUCGGAUGAAACAAGUCAAGCAGUUUGUCAAGACGUGCUAUUCAGAAGUCCUCAUCCCCGUCUCGAAUCCCGAAGCAGACAACGAGCGAGAAGACGGAAGUAUAAUGACCGAAGGUGGCGAUGGGAAUGCGCUCGCAAAGACUACUUAUCAUGGUGGACUCGGCCUCACGUUCAAGUUUCCAGGCGACGCGAAAAAACUUCGGGAGGGGUCCAAACUCAAACUCUGGACGACAUACCUACGAGCUCAUGGGCGAAAUCUCACUCUUCUCCGCUAUCCUCAUUGUACGCGACUUGUGCAAGUUGGCCUCCCAAAUAGACUUCGUGGAGAACUAUGGGAGACUCUCUCCGGCUCAAUAUUCCUUCGCUUCUCCAAUCCUGGAGUGUACGAGAAGAUUUUACGUGACAAUGCCGGCAAAACCAGUACUAGCACAGAGGAGAUUGAAAAGGAUCUGAAUCGAAGUUUACCGGAGUAUUCUGGAUACCAAGACGAAAAGGGUAUUGCAACACUUCGGAGGGUUUUAACGGCGUACAGCUGGAAGAACCCAGAGCUCGGUUACUGCCAGGCCAUGAACAUUCUAACAGCGGCCCUUUUAAUUUAUAUGUCAGAAGAGCAGGCUUUCUGGCUCCUGGAGGUGCUAUGUGAUAGGCUACUACCAGGCUACUACAGCCCGUCGAUGUAUGGCACCCUCCUGGACCAGCGAGUUUUCGAGUCCCUCGUACAACGAUGUCUACCCAUGAUUCACGAUCACUUUCACGACGUCGAUGUGCAACUUUCCGUAGCUUCACUUCCUUGGUUCCUCAGCUUGUUUAUAAACAGCAUGCCUAUGAUCUUCGCGUUUCGCAUUGUGGAUUGUUUCUUUUGCAUGGGUCCCAAGGUGCUUUUCCAAGUCGGCAGUCUUGCAAUUCUCAAAAUAAAUGGCGAGAAGCUCCUAUCCAUCCAGGAUGAUGGUGCCUUUAUAAGCCUGAUGAGAGAGUACUUUGCUUCACUCGGUGAAUCGGCACAUCCAAAAGCCACUGACCCUCGGUCCCGUGCCAUUAUCAAGUUCCAAGAGCUGCUUCUCGUCGCAUUCCGAGAGUUUUCUAUCAUCAACGACGAGAUGAUUGAAAAUGAACGUCGACGAUAUCGCGGCGAGAUUGUUCACAGCAUCGAGUCGUUUGCGAAGCGGGCUGCCAUCCGAAACCUAUCAUCGUUUGGGCGCUUCUCCAAAGACCAGAUCGGUCUCAUUUACGAUAACUUGUUCAAGGCGUUGGUCGUCGCUCCACCCCCGCCACCGGUCAUGACAAAGCGUUUGAUUCCUGGGACGGACGACGAGAUGGAGAGGCCAGAGACGCGGAUAGAGCUCAAGACGUUUCGGAUAUUUCUGGCGGAGAUUGCAACAUGGGCCAGGGACGAAUACGUCGUCUCGAACGGGUUCCAGGAACGCGUGGAAAGACGGGUAGCCGAACACGAGUUUGUGGACAGACUCUUCUUUUUCUGGGAUAUAAAUCACAAUGGCGCCCUCUCGUUCCAGGAUCUUGUUAAUGGCCUUGAUGGUAUCAUGUUCAAUGACCUGAUGUCAAGCAUCGAGUGGUUCUUCACACUACACGAUAAAGAUCAGGACGGAUGGCUAACAAAGGACGAGGUCCUCGUCCUAUCAGAGUCACUUUUGUUCAUAUUCCGUUCGGAGGUCGGUGACGCGUAUUUAGGCACCGUCAGUAGAUUCAUGACCAAUGCCUUUGAAUAUGGAGACGCCUUACUGCCUGAAGAAGGAGAAAAGAUGUCACCUAUUCCCAACGAAGUCUCGGCAAACACAGAGCUGGCACCCUCACUCCCUUCGAACCAGCCAUACCUGAACCGGGCGACCUUUCGCAUGGUCGUACUGGCUGAUCCGUUACUGGAGGCAUUCUUUGACGUCGACCUACCGCGUUCGUUCAAACUUCAACCCGUGGAAGACUCGAGCGCUGCACGAGGUCAAACAGGACUUGGCCUCUUGGGCAACGUUGGAGGCUUCUUAUCCUCCUUCGUCACGGAUGAUAACAAGAAGAUCUUCAACAGUUUCGUCGACGAUAUGGGCAAAGCCAUUGGCAAGCAUCAGGUCACCGUACGGCCGUCGAUCAAUCAACACGAGCGAAACCUGGCACUACAAGAGCCAUUGAAAGAGACCACACGUCACUUGCAGCGACUCAGGUCACAAAGCAGCUUGACGACCCCGACAUCGAGCACCCCGUCAGGAGUCUCGGCGUCGCCAAUGUCGUCUCAGUCCAACUUGGAGAAGGCACCUCUCGUACCUCCGACAUCCGCUGGACUGAAACCUGCCCCCGUGUUGCCUUCACCCUUCACGGACGUUUCUCCUCUGGCCAAGGCAAACGCGGCGGCUGCCGCCGUUAUGGAGAAUCGACAAGCAUUUGCUAUCGACGAGGCGGGAGAUGAAGAUGAUUUGGAUGAUAGCGACCUUGCCGAGCUUUCUGGAGAUGACGAGGGUAUGAUGGCGGAAGUUGAUGCGUUUUUGGAACAGAAUGAUGCUAGCGUAGGCGCGAGAUGA